AUGGAGUCCUGCAACGUGGAACUGAUUGUUGACCACGUGGGACACUUGGGGAGGUUCCAGACAGUCCUGCAUCUCAUUCGUGUCUGCCAGAACAUCUCCUGUGGCAUCCAGUACACGUAUUAUCCCGAGCAUGCCUCUAAGCCCCCAGGCAAAGUUCGGAAGGCUAUUUUCCACAACUUAUCUUUGGAGGUGGAGGACAUACUGGCCCUGAGGUCCCCAGACCAGAAAGAUCACGUUAGAGUGGAGCUGCAGGAUGGGGAGAUCUGGGAGCUCACAGAUGUGCAGGACUGGAGGGAGAACACGUCGCAUUUGGGUUAUGAGUGCAGUGACUAUAAUCUCGAUUGCUAUGUAUGCGACCAAAUUAAAUGCAGAAGUUCUGUGGGGAGCAGCCUGAACCUGGUCUGCAACCAGAAAUGGUAUGCAAACAUGAUCCAGCUCUUGUUUAUAUUCGGCAUGUUGCUGGGAGCAAUUAUUUUUGGCUACCUUUCUGACAGGUUUAGAAGAUGAGUGGCCCUGUUGGUGCAUGAGCAGUGGUGUGGUUUUUGUGUUUGUUUGUUUGUUUGUUUUUUCCGAGUAGCAUCAAUCCAUAUAUUUGAUUAUUUCAGCUUCAUGGCAGCCCGAUUUUUUCUUGCUAUGAUGAGUUGUCCUGCAAGCGGCUGUUUUGUGGUGGUCUUUGUCUACAUGAUGGAGUUCAUCGGCAAGAAGUCUCGCACGUGGGCAUCCAUGCAUCUGGAUACCUUCUUUGGUAUUGGAGUAAUGUUGGUGGCUUUGGCAAGCUAUUUAGUCAAAACCCGGUGGCUUUAUCAGAUCAUCCUGUGCACAGUGACUGCCCCUUUCAUCCCGUGCUACUGGAUGCUCCCGGAGACUCCUGCUUGGUUACUCUCAGAAGGGAGAUACAGAGAAGCACAAGGAACCGUCGAUACCAUGGCUGAGUGGGAUGAAUCGGGCUCCUGUCACCUGGAAGAGCUUUUAUCACUGGACAUGAAUAGGUCCUGUGGUAAAAACUGCAAGGGCAUCAGGAAGCUCGGCCUAGCAGAUCUGUUUUGUGACCCGGAUGUUGCAAAAAGGACUCCCAUCAUUUGGCUGGUUUUCUUCACAGCAAGUUUUGGAUACUACCUGACUAUUUGGGGAAGAGAGCAUGAGUACCUAUACCUCUUCCUAGUGGGUGCUGUGGAAAUUCCUGCCUACUUCUUCAUGUUGAAGAGGGUGGGAAGAAGAAACACCGUGGACUUCUGCCUUUUGUCAGCCUUGCUCACCCGUGCGGUGUAUGUGGCCAUGCCCCUGUCACAAGACUUUGAAGACGUGGCAGUUGUGGCUGUCAAAACUGCCAUAGGGUCAGUGUUUGCCUUCAUCUAUGUUUACACAGCAGAGCUGUGCCCAACAAUUGUAAGGUAG